AUGGCCACCAAAAAGAAGCUUAAAGAAAGGUUGAUAUUGCGAAAGUCAUUAGAGUCUUCUCUAGACACUAUAGAAGCUUUCACCGAUCAGUGCGAUGAGGAAACUGAUCCCAAUCAAAUCCUCGUGCGGUUGGACAUGAUCGAUAACAUUUUUCGUGAGUAUAAUAAAACCCAAAGUGAAAUUGAAAAAUUAGAUUGUGGAGAAGCGCCCCUUGCCAAGCACCUGAUAGAACGGCAGAAAUUUGAAACACGAUAUUGUACCCUGAAAGGUUGGUUGAUGUCCAGGAAACCAGCAGAAACAAUUCCACCAGUAAGCACUUCUGUAAUUACUCAGCAAAUUCCACCGUCAUCAGUUUCACCAUCAUUCCAUCUGCGAUUGCCGAAAAUCGACCUUCCGAAAUUUGACGGAUAUUUUUCACGAUGGCUAGGUUUCCGUGAUACAUUUAAGUCGAUGGUGCACGAUGUUCUAGAAAUUCCUCCAGUCGCGAAGCUGCAGUUCUUAUUACAAUCACUAGAAGAUGAGGCGCGCAAGCCUUACGAGACGGUGGAUAUCGAAGCAGCCAACUAUCACCUAACCUGGGAAGCUCUCCUCAAACGAUAUGACAAUACGCGUUUCCUGAAAAAACAGUUGUUUAGAGCUCUGCAUGAUCUCAGCCCGAUUCGCAGAGAAAACCUCCAAGAUCUCCGAAUGUUAGUAGAUGAUUUCCAACGUCACGUAAGAGCUCUGGCGAAGUUAGGUGAGAACAUAUAUAAAUGGGAUACUCCGCUCGUUUGUAUGAUGUGUUACAAAUUGGAUCCCAUGACGCUCCGAGCAUGGGAAGAAUAUGCCACAACUAAUGAUCAAGAUGAUUACGUACACUGCAUCGAAUUCCUGUACCAGCGAUUGCGUAUUCUCCAGACGGUCUCCUCAGAAAUCCAGCAUCGUUCACAGGUGACCACGGUUAAGCCUACCGAGUUUAGUCAAUUUCCGAGAAGAUACCCUCCCCCGAAAGCGAUUGCAAACGUAGCCGCUCCAAAUACGAAUACGAAUAUAAAUUUUCCUACUUGUAUAGCAUGUCCAGAAAGCCAUUAUCUAUAUCAGUGUCCGACGUUUCAAACCAUUCCCGUAAGUCAACGAAUAGAGCUCGUUAGCAAGAAAGGUCUGUGCUGGAACUGUUUUAAAACUUCUCAUGUUGCACGCAGUUAUGAUUCCAAAUAUAGUUGCCGCCAUUGUCAUGAGCGCCAUCAUACGCUACUUCACCAAUCCGCUAAUCCAGUACAACCAUCCAAGAUGUUGUCCUCUACAGUCCUAUCCACACAAGCAUUACCAGCUGCUAAUAUGGCAGACCCAAAUAGAACAACCCAUCCGAAUAAUGAAGUUAGCGUACCAGUUCAGCACCACUCAUCCAACACAGUAUUUCUAUCGACGAUUAUUUUUUAUAUAACCGACAAAUUUGGAAACGAGCAUCAAGCAAGAGCGUUAAUUGACUCGGGGUCCCAGUCAAAUUUAAUUUCGAAGAAGUUAGCCAACCAGCUGUGCCUGAAACCAGAACAAGUCAACAUUCCAAUUUCCGGAAUUGGUGAAAUGACUGUCACCGUUACCAAGUCAAUUCUAGCCGAUAUUCGUUCUAGAGUAGAAUAUUAUCGAUCCAAACUCGAAUUUUUAGUUCUUCCAAAACCAACUGUGAAAAUCCCAGCAAAUGACGUUAACGUUUCCUCGUGGAACAUUCCUGAAACAGUCAAAUUAGCGGACCCCUUUUUCAAUAUAUCGAGUCGUAUUGAUAUAAUAUUAGGUGCCGAAAAUCUUCAUGAAUACCUGCGGGCUGGUAGGGUUCAUCUCAACGAAAAUUGUCCUGUUCUAGUCGAAACAGUUUUUGGCUGGGUUGUGACAGGUCGCUGGAACCACACGUUGCCAUACCCUUCUUCUGUGUGUCAUACCGCAUUGACGUACCGCAAAUUAGAGUCAGUAUUAGAGAGAUUUUGGGAAUUGGAAUCCAUUCAACCUCGGCGACUUUAUUCCAAUGACGAGACAUCUUGUGAGGAGCUUUAUGCAGCAACUACCAAACGAAAUGAGAACGGAAGAUAUAUCGUGUGUUUGCCGAAAACCCAAGACACCACAGUCAGACUUGGUGAAUCCCGAUCCAUCGCAGAAAAACGCCUUUUUAGUUUGGAGCGCCGGCUUGAGAGAGACGAAACAGUGAAAAAUGCAUACCAUCAGUUUAUGGAUGAGUAUUUCCAGCUCGGUCACAUGCAUCGUAUUGAUGAACCCGUUGACGAUUUCAUUCCACACUGCUAUCUGCCACACCAUGCCGUUUUUGAGGCUACAAGCAAAACAACAAAAACAAGGGUAGUAUUUGAUGCUUCCUGCCGUACGUCUUCCGGCUUCUCAUUAAACAACUUACUCCCUGUCGGUCCAGUGGUACAGGAAGACCUCCUAGCAAUUGUGAUGCGCUUCCGAAUAAGACCGGUUGCGAUAGUGGCGGACAUCGAGAAGAUGUACCGUCAGAUUGAAGUACAUGAAAAUGAUCAACCCCUCACUCGCAUACUGUGGCGAAAACGUCUUUCUGAUCCAAUAUCCACAUUUGAACUAAGAACCGUAACCUACGGUACCUCAGCUGCACCAUUUCUCGCCACCCGCACACUCGUUCAACUCGCUAAAGAUGAAGGUGACCGUUUUCCGUUGGCAAAGCAGAUUGUCCUCGAGGAUUUUUAUGUCGACGACCUUAUAAGCGGAGCGAAUGAUCUUCAGACUGCAAUUCAUCUCCGUCGACAACUAACUGCAAUGUUAGAAACCGCAGAACUCAAAUUAAGGAAGUGGGCCUCGAAUGCUCUAGAAAUAUUAGCCGAAAUUCCUGAGACAGAUCGUGGCGUUCAGCCAUGCUUCGAACUUUCCGAUGAACAAGCAGUAACAACACUUGACUUGGUCUGGGAGCCAAAGACAGACACACUACGAUUCCGAAUCAAUUUACCACUUCCUGCGACAAUCCUCACGAAGAGAAAUGUUCUCUCGUACAUUGUACAAGUAUACGACCCACUUGGCCUGGUAGGCCCCGUUAUAUCCACUGCGAAACAAUUCAUGCAACGUCUUUGGGCAUUAACGACCGAUGAGGGAAAGGUCUUUUCGUGGGAUGAACCGCUCCCAUCGAAACUCCAACGUGAAUGGAAGGAAUUCCAUACUCAACUGAAGCUACUGAGUGAAAUACGAGUUCCUCGCUUCGUUUCAGCACCAUUUACGGAACAUUUCCAGCUUUCGGAUGCUUCCGAAAAAUCGUAUGGCACAUGUGUAUAUGUAUGUACGGAAGAUAAACAACACAACGUAAAAAUCCAACUCCUAUCUGCGAAGUCCCGCGUUGCUCCAUUGAAGACACAUCAAUCCAUCCACUCGUUUAGAGCUCUGUGCAGCAUUACUCUCCACAGAAUUGUACAGUAA